UCCUGCUGAGGCUAAGCUAGGCUAGUUCAAAAUUCCUCCCGCUAACAGCAGCGAUGAGGCGGUUCUGAGGUUCGGUGAGAGUGUUUGUCGACCCAGAGAACCGGUUCAGGUGCCGUUGAGUCGGGCAGAGGUCUAAUGUGUGAAGCAGAAGCGGCUGCUCGCUGAUUUGGACCUACGAUCAGGAGAACCGACCCGGGCCUGCAGUCCGAACCUGCGGUUCACCUCACAGCCAAAAUGGCGGACGGCGAGGAUGACGGAGCCCGCAGAACAAUAACAUCCCCGCCGGACGGAACCGGGGAGUCUUUGGUGGACGGAACCGAGCCCUCCACCGUGCUUGAAACCGAACCCGCCGCACAGAGCUCCCAGCCCGGGAAGCAGGGCCCCGCAGCCGCCGCUCAGAGCACCGGGGGCGGCCGGACCCCCCCGGGGGACUCCGGGGCCGGACCGGCCCUGCCGGGGGACUCCGGGCCGGCCCCGGGGGACCUGGACCUGGGGGCAGACCUGGGGGAGCUGGCCAACACCACCAUUAUCUACGUGCAGCCGGACGGCAGCCUGCUGGGGGGGGCCGGACUCACGGCCGAGGAGCAGCAGGCGGUUCUGGACCAGAUCACCCAGCACCAGAUCAUCCAGGUGUCCGACACCGAGGCCGCCCAGCUGCUCCAGCACAGCCAGCUGCUCAAGACCAGCCCCGUCCAGAACGCGGCUCUAGAUCCGACCCAGUUGCAGCAGGUCAUCAACCAGGUCACCAAAGCCCAGAAUCAGGCCCAGGUCCCCCUGCAGAACCUGAGGCAGCAGGUCCAGAUCCCCCAGCAGAACCUGAGGCAGCAGGUCCAGAAGCCCAGCUCCCAGAACAACGCGUCCCAGCAGCUGAAGAGUGUGGCCCAGCAGGUGGCCCUGCAGACCAGCAGCUCCAUCCAGUCAGAACCCGUCAGGAUCCAGAUCCAGAUUCCACCCAAACAGGAUGGGAAGUCGGGUAUGAACCCCCAACAGAAGAAUGUCGUCAGUCAUCCACAGGUGAAGCUGCCGGCCAAUGGUAGUGUGAGCAGUGCUCAGAUCAUCCACCUGCAGCCUGUGGUUGGUCAGCAGGGCCAGCAGCUGUUCCUGCAGCAGAGUCCAGGUGACCCCCCCGUUCAGCUGCUGUUACAGAGCCCCACUCCCAUCGUGGGAUCCCUGCUCCCACUGGUCCACAAGCUGACGGGUCAGGUGACCUCAGCAGGAUCCUCCUCCAGUGCUGGGCAGAAAUCUGCAACAUCCCCUAUCAGAGUCUCGAUGACCCCCAGCAUUAAAACUCUGCCCUCAACGAUGAUUAAGCCCCCACCCACUACUACAGCCAAAACCUUCACCAUUCCUCUCAUCAGGGUCCCCCGUAACGGCACAGUAAGUUCUGCUGGUAAAAGUCCUGAUAAACCCCCUGCUGCCAUUACGCCGGUCCAGAUUCAGGCCACCACACCUGCCGCUGACACCCGUGUCACAGAGGCCCCGCCUUCCUCUGCCAAGGACAAAGAAAAGGAGAAGGAGAGGAAGGUAAAGAAGAGAGAAAAAAAGGUGGUGAAGGUCCAGACCCGGUCGGGCCGUGUCUCCAGACCUCCCAAGUACAAAGCCAAGGACUACAAGUUCAUCAAAACGGAAGACUUGGCAGAAAGCCACCAGUCUGACUCGGAUGAUUACUCUGAUGUGAGCGUGGAGGAUGAGGAUGCCAAGGACAGCUCCGCCUCUGGUGCCAGACCUUCCCUUUCCUAUAGCCACAAGUCCCGCUGCCAUCGUUGCCAGACCUGCGAUAAGGCCUACAUUGGGCCCGGAGGCCUGAACCGGCACUACAAACUGAACCCCACCCACGGAGAACCGGAUCCAUCCAGCACGCCAUGCCCCCUCAAGGAAGACAACCAACCAGAGGACACUGUAACACUAGCUGCAGCAGAGGAUGAAGGAGGGGACAUCAAGCCAGCUGCCAUGUCAAUGCCCAGAGCAGACGGAGGUCCAGCAGCAGCAGUUGGACUUAGAGGCCUUCAUCUCCGGGGUCCGGGCCGUCCUAGAGGACGAGGGAGAGGACGAGGUCGAGGGAGAGGCAGAGGGCGGGGCCGUGGGCGAGGCCGAUCAUUAGGACCACUUCCUAAGGUGACUGUGAGCUUCAUGGGUAGGCGGGGCCGUCGUGGUCGCCCUCCUAAACUAGGAGUCUCCAUGGUAACUGCAGAACAGCAGGUAGAGAGGAGGCAAGACCGGCUGCAGGAGCUGGUGGAGCAGUGUGAGGAUGAGGAGCUGAUGGACAUCGUCCUUCCUCGUUUGACCAAAGUGAUGAGUCUGUGGGAGCUGCUUCUAGCUAAGGUGGAGUGGGGAGGUCCCACCCAUACUCGCUUUCCAGCCAUCUACAAGGAGUUUGAAUCCCUGCAGGCUCAAGUGAGACAGGCUGCCCAGGACUACAUCAGCGGUCCGCAGGGUGGGGCCACACCUCUGGAGGUCCGGAACAUCGAGGUGGCCCGGUGUCUCGGGAUCCUGGAUGAGGUGAACCGGAUGAAGGUGGUUCCUGGAGCAUCUCCCAGCUCCAGCCAGACCAAUAAGAAUGUCCGAUACAUGGAGAACUCCAAGAUGUUACCACCAUCAAAGCGGUUCAAGAUAGAGAACAGUGUUGGAGUCCAACAGAAUGGUGUGGAGCCUCUACGGACUGGUGGAGGUACGGUGACACCUGUUACUCUGGUGAACUCUCCACUGAGGUCCUGCUCGGUGUCUGUGUCUCCUCUGGUGAUUCCAGGUGGAUCCAACCUGCUCUCCACCUGUGCUGACUCAACUUCCAGUUCCUCUGGCUCCACCUCUCCAACCUCUGCCCAGGCUCCGCCUCCUGCUACGCCCAUGGAGGUGGUUCCAAUCAGUGACAAGGAAGGACACCUGCUGGUGUGUCCAGACCAGGAGUUCAACUCCCAGGUGAUGGAGUUGGAGAAUGUUCGGAAUUCCUCCUCUGCCCGAGCCACAAACACAGAGUCUGGGUCCGGGCAGCCCCCCGCGCCUGGGUCCGGGCAGCCCCCCGCGCCUGGGCCCGGGCAGCCCCCCUCGCCUGGGCCCGGGCAGCCCCCCGCGCCUGGGCCCGGGCAGCCCCCCGCGCCUGGGCCCGGGCAGCCCCCCGCGCCUGGGCCCGGGCAGCCCCCCGCGCCUGGGCCCGGGCAGCCCCCCUCGCCUGGGCCCGGGCAGCCCCCCUCGCCUGGGCCCGGGCAGCCCCCCUCGCCUGGGCCCGGGCAGCCCCCCUCGCCUGGGCCCGGGCAGCCCCCCGUACCUGGCUUGGACCAAACCACUGCGAUCUUUCAGCUCCAACAGACUGAAGUGUCCCAGUCAGAGUCCAGCUCAGCAGAACCACGUGACACUGAAGAGUUGCAGGAGGGCCAAGAGAUCUACAUCCAGACCGAGGGGCUGACGGUCCAGCUGGCAGAGCCAGGGGAGGAUGGAAUUGUCAUUGUCAAUGGACCUGAUGGAACCACCAUGCACAUCCAGACCCCCCAGGGGGUCCCACUGGAGGCUGUCCAGGCCCUGCUGGGCAUUGAGGCGUCAGAUGGAACCAAAGCUCCUCAGUAGAUGUCCAACAUGUUCUUUAGAGACCAGAACCUGAAUCUUAAAGUAGACCAACUCACCUGCAUCAGGGGAGUUGUGCUCUGUGGUUGGCCACCCAGAGUCUCUUUGGAGUUCUGAACUUAUGUGGGAUGAGCAAACGGGUCGAGAAUUAGGUCCCCUGCUGGAUUUCAAAGACUCUGCUGUGGUUGUACAUUUCUAAACUGGUUUUCUGUCCGUGGUUCCAGGUUUGGACUUGAUUUAAACGUUAAGACAAUAGUUUGUUUAUAUGUAGAUAAAUGAGAAGAACAAAGUUUAAAAGAGUUGCACUAUUUUAUUACUUUUGAUAAAACGUCACUCCAGUUGUUUUGAACAUCAACUGAACGUUUAAAUCGAUGUGAAGCUGCCGACCACCUCUGCGAGGAACUCCUUCAUUUGUCAUUUUGAUGGUUCAAGUGCAGCAUGCAACCAACACGUUUCAUGUUCCUCCAAUAAACUCGAAUUUCU